AUGGAUAUACAUUUGGACAACCUAAGCGCCUCCGUUAGACUGGUUAACCAGACGUUCGACGGCAAAGAGUGCAGUUCGAGUUUGCGCGGACCCUAUUUCAUUCUCGUUGCAUAUGUCUGCUCCUUCAUUGGCCUAUUCGGAAUCCCUGCUAAUGCCCUCACAGUCUGUGUUUUGCGAGCCGAUCGAAAAAAAAAUACUGCCCGUUAUCUUAUGCUGGUUUUGGCAGCACAAGAUCUAUCACUUAUCAUCAUUUACAUGAUUUAUUACAUUGUACCCCUACUUCAUCAGCGUUUCGAAGCCUUUCCAUUCAUUAUUCAGUAUAUAUGGUUUGCCGAUUCACCCAUCCUCUUUCUUUUGGGAUGGUUCAAGUUUUCAGAGGCCUAUACGAUCGUGCUUAUCUCAAUUGACCGAUUUGUUGCUCUACGGUAUCCAUUUAAAUCAGCAAGCAUUUGUACGCUAUCAAAUGCCCGACGUGCACAGGUGCUCAUUUGGGUGGUCGGACUUGCCUCAAAGUUACCCAACCUCAUUCUGGAUUUUUGUUACCACGACUGGUACAGUCAAUGCGACUCCUGUGAGCCAAUUUUCAUUAAACAACCCUGGUACGGAACCUUUCGACUUGUUUAUGUGCAAAUUAUUGACCAAAUUAUAACCUUUCUUAUUCCCCUGGCCUGUUUGGUCCUCCUCAAUGGCUACCUUAUUUGGCAAUUGCGCGGCGUUGACAAACUUUACGCGGCAGAAAAUAGGUGCACCAUGUUGGUCUGUGUCAUUACAAUGUUCAUCAUCUGCGAAACGCCAACGGCUCUCUACUUUUUCUUGGAAAUGUAUGCAAAGAUACGGGGAGUCGAAACCAUCCGUGAGACCACACUUGCUGUGUACGCCAUCGCUCUGUUUACUGCUAUGAUAAAUUUUGCCUGCAACUUUGUGAUAUAUGGACUCGUUGGCUGCCGCUUUCGUUGGAUUUUAAAGCAGUCAGUCAAUCGCCCAGACAGCGUCCGCAAAAACGGAUACACCCCAUUCGACUUCGGCCCUAUCCGGAAGUAA